GUCUGUAAUGUUUUCAUCAGCUGACGCUCUGAAGCUAACAGCUAACAGCUAACAGCUCCGUUAACGGGACCGUGGAUGUGAGCCGGUUCACACCGGACAGCGACAACAUCAGCCCCCCCACCCUGUCGCUAUCUGUCGGUGGCUGUGUGCUCCUCGGUCGGUCGGUCGGUCGGUCGGUCGGUCGGUUAUCUUUCAGACUUUAAACUCUUUAUCUCGCGGUUGUCUCAUGCUAGCUCGUUAGCCUGUUAGCUCGCGGCUAUAAAGCGGCGUCGCGCGCUCUGAGGCUAACGGACCGGACCGCAGCGGGAUGAGCGAUGGCAUCGGUUCGGGUGGCUGUACGGGUCCGACCCAUGGACAGGCGGGAAAAGGACUUGUCUGCAAAAUGCAUCAUCGAGAUGGAAGGAACCAAAACCUCCAUCACCAACCUGAAGAUCCCCGAUAGCAUCGCAGGCGAAUCGAUGAGGGAUCGAACCAAAACCUUUACGUACGACUUCUCCUACGACUCCAUGGACUGUAAGAGCUCCUCGUUCGUCUCCCAGGAAAAGGUUUUCAAGGAUCUGGGCUCGGACGUGCUGAAGGCGGCGUUCGAGGGCUACAACGCCUGCGUCUUUGCCUACGGUCAGACCGGCUCGGGGAAGUCCUACACCAUGAUGGGAAAUCCAGGAGAUGCCGGUCUGAUCCCGAGGAUCUGUGAAGGUUUGUUCAGCCGAAUCUCUGCGGCGACUCGAUGGGAUGAAGCUUCAUUUCGUACAGAAGUCAGCUACCUGGAGAUCUACAACGAGAGGGUGAGGGACCUGCUGAGGAGGAAAUCCACUCAGACCUACAACCUGAGAGUCAGGGAGCACCCGAAAGACGGGCCGUACGUAGAAGAUCUGUCCAAACACCUGGUGCAGAACUACAGCGACGUGGAGGAGCUGAUGGAGGCUGGAAACAUCAACCGCACCACCGCCAGCACCGGCAUGAACGACGUCAGCAGCCGCUCGCACGCCAUCUUCACCAUCAACUUCACACAGGCUAAGUUUGAUGCAGAGAUGCCCAGUGAGACGGUCAGUAAGAUCCACCUGGUCGAUCUGGCUGGCAGCGAGCGAGCCGACGCCACCGGAGCGACGGGUGUCCGACUGAAAGAAGGAGGAAACAUCAACAAGUCGCUGGUCACCCUGGGCAACGUCAUCUCCUCUCUGGCUGACAUAUCACAGGACGGUGUGAACACCAACCUGAAGAAGAAGUCGGUGUUUGUUCCCUACAGAGACUCGGUGCUGACGUGGCUGCUGAAAGACAGCCUGGGCGGCAACUCCAAGACCAUCAUGAUCGCCACCGUUUCCCCCGCUGACGUGAACUACGGCGAGACGCUCAGCACUCUGCGGUACGCUAACCGAGCCAAGAACAUCAUCAACAAACCCACCAUCAACGAGGACUGCAACGUCCGGCUCAUCAGAGAACUGCGGGCUGAAAUCGCCCGACUAAAGGCUCUGCUGGUUCAGGGCAACCAGAUUGCUCUCCUGGAUUCGCCCACUGCUCUCAGUAUGGAGGAGAAACUGCACCAGAAUGAAGCCAGAGUUCUGGAGCUGACGAAAGAGUGGACCAACAAAUGGAACGAGACACAGAAUAUUCUCAAGGAGGAGACUCUGGCUCUGAGAAAAGAGGGGAUCGGUGUGGUGUUGGACUCUGAGCUGCCUCAUCUCAUCGGCAUUGACGACGACCUCCUGAGUACCGGCAUCAUCCUGUACCAUUUAAAGGAGGGACGGACGUACGUGGGCAGAGAUGACGCGUCCACAGAGCAGGACAUCAUCCUGCACGGUUUGGACCUGGAGAGUGAACACUGUAUGUUUGAGAACCAGAACGGCAAAGUGACCCUGGUGCCCCUCGGCGGAGCUCAGUGUUCAGUUAACGGAGUUCAAGUGUCGGAGCCGUCGCAGCUCAACCAAGGUGCCGUGAUUCUGCUCGGCAGGACCAACAUGUUUCGGUUCAACCACCCGAAGGAGGCGGCGAAGCUGAGGGAGAAACGAAAGAGCGGCCUGCUCUCUACGUUCAGCCUCUCUAUGACAGAUCUGUCCAAGUCCUGUGAAAACCUGUCCACUGUGAUGCUCUACAACCCCGGUCUCUUCACUGAGAAGGGCCCCGUCUUCCUCAGGUUGGAGUUUGAGAGACAGCAGCGAGAGGAGCUGGAGAAACUGGAGCUGAAAAGGAGGCUGAUCAAAGAGAUGGAGGUGAAGCACCAGAGUGAGAAGGCAGAGCUGGAGCGCCUGCAGCAGGAGGUGGAGAGUCAGCGUAAGGAGUCGGAGGAGGUACAGCAGCGGAUCCUCCGUCAGGAGGAAAGCCUCCGCCGCCGCAGCCAGGACAUCGAGAGCCGCCUGCGAGACUUCCUGGCCGAGAAGGAGCGAUUUGAGGAGGAGAGACGCUCAGAGAUCCAGGGGCCGGACCUCCAGCAGCAGAACCAGCAGGACGAGGGUCGAGCAGAGCAGGAGGAGCAGCGCCGGCAGCAGGAGGCUGCAGAACAGACUGAGAUCUACCGUGAGCUGGAGAGGCUGAAGAGGGAGCGCGAAGAGCAGAAGGUUCGUCUGGAGACUGAGCGGCGGCGGCUGGAGGAGCAGGAGCGGGAGCAGCUGAGCCUGGUGGGGAGGCUGGAGGAACAGCUGAGAGAGAAACACGAGGCUGCAGCCACCAUGCUGACCCGCGAGGACGCACGCCGCCUGGAGGAGGAACGUCGAGCCCUGGCUGAGAUCAGAGAAGCGCUCCUCCGUGCCAAAGAGGCUGGAGAGCGGCCAGAUGUGGAGGAUGCCAGCGAGGAGGCGAAAUCUGCUCAGGCUCGAUACACAGACUUCAAGGAGGCUCAGGUGAAGGAACUGAACCAGCUGGAGGAGGGACUCCGGCAGCAGAGGGAGCGCCUAGAGAAAGAGGUCGCUGCUGAGCGCAGCACGCUGCUGCUCCUCGCCCACGGCCUCAAAGAACGACAACAGCAGCUGAAAGAGGAGCAGGCGAAGGGGGCGCAGGACGCUACAGCUGUCUGCCAGGAGGAGCAGCUGGUCAAACAGGCGGAGCACAGAUUGCAGUUCAAGGAGCGACAGCUGGCCAGCGUGACCGAUGGCCUCCUCCCCGCACUGGCCGAGGAGAAGCAGAGAGCCGCGGAGAUGCUGGAGCGCAGCGGCGGAGGAAGCAACGGGAACUGCGACAGCCCGCCGGGGCUCGACAACACGCUGUACCAGGUGGAGAAGGAGCUGGAGGACAAAGAGGAGAAAUUGAACCUCCACUGGCACAGCGCUCAUCAGCUCCAGCAGCUCCAGGAGACCUUCGAGUUCACGGCUAACGUGGCGCGCCAGGAGGAGAAGGUGAGGAGGAAGGAGAAGGAGAUCCUGGAGUCGAAGGAGAAGCAGCAGAGGGAGGCGAUGGAGCAGGCGGUGGCCCGGCUGGAGAGGAGGCACUCGGCCCUGAGGCGCAGUGUCUCCCUGGAGCCGGACACCGAGGAACAGAGACACAACAGCUCAGUCACCAGGAACCCGAGGACGGGGACCGACCUGGACCAGCAGAGAGUGGAGCGGGAGAUCCAGAAGCUGAGACAGAGGAUCAGUGAAGGGGAAGAAAACAACAGGACUCACUCCAGUAACGAUGAGAAGUCAAGUCACAACAGCUCCCCGGUCAGCCACAUCCAGAGUCUGAACACACUGCUGCCGCUGUCAGACGACAGGAUAAACGCGUACAUUGAAGAGGAAGUCCAGCGAAGGUUACGUAAGAUGAAUCUUCUCAAUGGCAGCAGCAGCAACAUGGAUCUGUCUCUGUCCAGUGAAUCUCUCAAGGAGGAGGAGGAAGUUAGCGACUGUAGCUCUGUUAGAUUAACAGAUGAGGAUGAUGACAAGCUGCAAAACAUUAAUCCAAGGAGGCUUAAAUAUGAGAGAGCCUCCCAGUUUUGGUCUAACUUCCUGCCUGCCCCGGACUACGAGGCAAACUCUCGUCCUCACAUCCAAGAAAACAUGUUGGAAGAACCAGAGAAUGGCCUCUUGCAGCCUCACAGAGAAGAAAAACUAGAAUCCACAGCUGGAGUCUUGAUUGAAAAAGAGGAAGUGCCUAAUAAAGAUGGUGACAAAAACAAAUGGUGGCAAGAAGGAGUGAAUUUUCCUCUAGGAGAAGUGAGCCAAGCUGCUUGUGGACUUGAUCGAUGUUAUAUUGGACAACACGAGUCUUGUGCCACCUCUGCAAAAACCACGACCAACAGAUUUGAUGAAAACGAGAAUAUUACCGAUAAGACGAGAAGCGAUUCUGCCUCUUGUGUUCCUUGUGAUGGUGGUGAUGAUGAUGAUAAAAAGGUUGAAGAUAAAGCAAAGGAACUGCUGGUACAUGGAAGCUCUUAUUCUUACUCAAAGGAAGUAAAACACCAGACAGCAGCAAUGAUAGUAGAAGAUGAAGAACCUUCCAGUGAUCAGUCAUCAACGUUGUUGGACUCUGUCAAUGGCUUCAAUUCAAAGCAAGUGUCGAAGGAAUCCGUUAAUGCUCAAAUAAAACAGAAGAGAGACACAGAUGCUGAGAAGGUGGCAGCCAACAGGAGCUAUUAUUUGGGGUAUUUUGCUGGAAAGCUGUCUGAAGCGUACAAAGACGCUGGUAGAAGGCUGCAGGGCACACGGGACAUCAUUCGAAAUGUACGAGUAGAUGAAAUGAAGGUUGUACUGACUCAGUAUGUGACCAUGAUGUCCAAAGAGCUGCCGCUGGUUCAUCGAAUGCAGCUUAAACCGGAGCCUGAACCUCACGUCCUUGCAGAAAACAAAGUCAGUAAAGUUGAUCUGUCGAGGGAUUGCACCCUUAGUCUUUCUCCGAACUGCACAAUGACUGCGAUCCCGGAGAUUUCUCGAUGGCCCAAAGGCUCUGUGUCGUCUCUCAGAAACACAAGUCCUGAAGUGUUUAAUCAGAAGCUGGUCGAGCUGCCACCAGCCUUGUCUCAGCUACACUCACUUUCAUCCCAGAUGAUCCUUGAAAAGUUGGAAUCUCUGGCUCCUCAAAUUAAAGUCAACAAGCUUUUGAGUAUCUUCUGGCUCAAAACUGCCAACCGUAGGCAGCCGAUCCCAAAGCCUGGGUGCUUGCUUCUGUCAGAAAAGGACGUAAUAGUUCUGUCGAGUGAAACGAAUUCAAUCGACAACUUAAAUCUUUUUCACCAUUUUAGUCUCAUGGAACUCAAGAAGGUCCAGAUUGGUUUGGCAGGGCAGCACCUCCGGCUAAUGGGCUGCACCGAAGACACCGUCUUGGCAGUCUUUACCCACAGCAAAGAGCUUACCCAGGAGUUCUGCAAGGCUUUACUGAAGGUCCUUUCUCCUGAAAAGUUCUCUGAAGGGACUGAAGAUCACCCGUUGCUCUCUGAUGAUCUCAUGGUCCUCUCUCUGGAUUGGAUGUCGACUGUUCCUGACAUCGUCCUGGACAACGGCCCCCACGUCACCUCCAGAUUUAAGCGGGUCCUUGCAGACUUGCUCUACAUCGUCCACGGGAACAUGGACGGUCCUGGCAAACCCUCUCUGGCAAACAUUUGUCCUCUGCUCUACACCAGCGUCAAGGUCAUGAACUCUACCCAUGUGCACCAGAGCGCCAUUUUUCAGUUCCUCCUUACGGACACUCAUGUAGUUCUUCUCCGUGAGGAUGGCAUCUUUCACCCAGUGCCACGGGGCUCCAGUCUGGUCCCUGCCGAGCCCCAGUUCCAGGGGCUCGAACUCCGCAAGCGGUCAGAAAUCAGAUGCCUGCUUGUGAAGCAGCAUGACAACGGGCUGGUGGUAGACAUCACGUUUACAACUCACAAACCGCAAACUCGUGAAAAGUCCAGGCGAGGCUCAGCUGAAGUGCCGGCGGUGUCUCAUCACAGUCGUCAGUGCGACUCCUGGAAGUUGUCUUUCGGUUGUACCUCAGAAGCUAUGAUCUUGAUUAAUCAUCUGUGUGCCUGAGUUAUUUACCUGGAUCAGAAAGAAGAAAUAAUCACAAUGUUUAAUUUAAUUUAAGGAUGUGUUAGAUAGGCUUUUGCCACUUGACAGAAAAAAAUAGCUAAUAGAUAUUUUCUGAAAAGGUGAUUCAAACUGGACACAUUUGAAAGUAUUUUAAAAAUAUUUUUUAAAAUUUUAUAUUUGUUAUUCAAAUGUAAUUAUGUGAUUUUGCCAUUAAGUCCUAAAGAUUGUAUUUUGAAAUGAGGAAGCCCAGACCAUGCUGACAUUAACUGUAUAUAUAUAUUAUCAUAAUGAAUGAGGAUAAUCAGUUUCUAUGUAUUUAUGAAAGUUUUUUGUUUUGGUCAGUUUACUGUUUUUAUUUGUGUUGAUUCCUGUUUAUUCUUGUUUGAUUUCUAAUCUUGUUCAAAGGGACAAUCACUUAAUUUACCUUUUCUAAUGUUAGUAAAACGCUAAUCUACAUCAAUCAUUAGCUAGCUAGUUAGUUACAGAGCUAGCAUUUGCUAACACUAGCUAAAUUAAGAUGUGACUAUAGGUGUUGCUUUUAUCUUUUAACCAUCUUCAAAAUGUGAUUGUCUUUUCAACAUAGAUUAGCUUAGCAUAUAGCAUAUCUAAGUACCGGGACGGAGGAAGUUGACCGAACUUCCAAAAGGGAAAGUUUGAAGAAAAAUUUGCAGCUGCACUUUAAGAGAAAUGAUUGUGAUCUGAUGACUUGAAGAACAUAGUACGAUUUGUAAUAAUGUGAAAUGAUUACAGAAUAAAUAUGAUGUGUUUGAAGUAAUAAUGUUUAAUGUUUAUAAUUAUAUAAAGUGAGAACAGGAUAAUAAAGAUUGAACUUUGUAUAAA